CAGGUGCACCCAGGUGUAAGCCGAUCCCCACGGCUGCAGCAGCGAGCGGAGCACAGGGUGGUUUCGGUCAGCGGGUUCCUCUCUGCCAUCGCCUGGGAGCCGGACACCAUGUCUAUGGGGCUGGAGAUCGGGGGGUUGACCCUGUCGGUGCUGGGCUGGCUGUGCAGCAUCAUCUGCUGCGCGCUGCCCAUGUGGAAGGUGACGGCCUUCAUCGGCAACAACAUCGUGACGGCGCAGAUCAUCUGGGAAGGGCUGUGGAUGAACUGCGUGGUGCAGAGCACGGGGCAGAUGCAGUGCAAGGUGUACGACUCCAUGCUGGCCCUGCCUCAGGACCUGCAGGCCGCCCGCGCGCUGCUGGUGGUGGCCAUCGUGCUGGCCGUGCUGGGCCUGAUGGUGGCCAUCGUGGGCGCCCAGUGCACGCGCUGCGUGGAGGACGAGACCACCAAGGCCAAGAUCACCAUCGUCUCCGGCGUCAUCUUCCUGCUCUCCGGCAUCAUAACCCUCAUCCCCGUCUCCUGGUCGGCCAACGCCAUCAUCCGGGAUUUCUACAACCCGCUGGUGCUCGACGCUCAGAAGCGGGAGCUGGGCUCGUCACUUUAUGUGGGCUGGGCGGCCUCCGCGCUGCAGCUCUUCGGGGGGGCCCUGCUCUGCUGCUCCUGCCCCCCAAAAGACGAGAGGUACACGACCAGCAAGGUGGCUUACUCCGCCCCGCGCUCUGCCGUUACCAGCUACGACAAGAGGAACUAUGUGUGAGCCCCUGCAUCCCCCCAGCCCAGCCCUACGGGGGGCUCGGCAGCUCCUGCACCCACUUCCAGCCCCACCGCCGGAACCGGCACCGUCGGGGACCCUCCGCCCCGCAGGCCGGGGAGAGAGCUCCCCCCCCGAGGGUGCCCGGCCCCGGUGGGAGCAGGCAGGGGAAUGAUGGGGGGGGCGAUGGGAUCGGUGCCGGGGUCAGGGCCGGGCAGUGCGAGCGGGAGCCGGGCGGGCGGCUGUGUCAAUACCGACGGUUUCAUGUAAACAGAGCCGGUUUCGGGUUGCCAGGAGAGCUGUGUGCAGCAGCGCCAGGAGGAAGCUCCGUGUCCCCCCGCCCUGCUCUGCCGGCCCCCCCCGCCGCCAGCCGGGCACCUUCUCUCCCUGUUACGCGUGGUCUGUACAAGUUACAUUUGUCAAUAAACGAGUCCUGUUUUGGUA